AUGCUCCUGAAUACUUCUAGAACCAUCUGCAGAUUGUCCUCGGGCCGUCGCUUUGUGGCGCAGUACAUCCCUAACGACUUCAAGCCGCCAUUCAUCCCGUUGACCUCUGAAUCCGGCUUCGCUGGGGCCGUGGGUAACACCCCAUUGCUCAAGUUGAACAAGCUCUCUCAAGAAACCGGCAGAAAUAUCUAUGCCAAGGCUGAAUUCAUGAACCCAGGUGGUUCCAUCAAGGACAGAGCUGCGUUGUUCAUUGUAGAGGACGCGGAACGCAAGGGCUUGAUUGCUCCGGGCGGUACCAUUGUCGAGGGGACCGCGGGAAACACUGGGAUUGGAUUGGCUCACAUUGCCCGUGCCAAGGGAUACAAAUGUGUGAUCUAUAUGCCAAAUACCCAGGCUCCUUCCAAGAUGGAUUUGUUGCGUUUGUUGGGUGCAGAGGUGAACCCCGUGCCAGUGGUGCCGUUUACCGACCCAAUGAACUUCAACCACCAGGCCAAGAGACACGCCGAGUCGUUGGACAACGCUGUCUGGACCAACCAGUUCGACAACUUGGCGAACAGACAGGCGCACAUCGAGUCUACCGGGCCGGAGAUCUGGGCCCAGUUGGACGGUCAGGUUGACGGCUUCACCUGUUCCACUGGUACCGGAGGCACCUUUGCUGGUGUCACCAGGUACCUAAAGGAUAUCUCCGCUGGGAAGACACAGUGUGUGCUUGCUGAUCCACCAGGGUCUGUUGUGCACUCUUACAUCCAGUCUAAUGGCGAGGCUCUUGACAGAUCUGGUGGCUCCUUCACCGAGGGGAUUGGCCAGGGCCGUAUUACUAACAACUUGGCCCAGGACAUUGGCUUGAUCGACUACUCCAUCAAGAUCCCGGACGCUGAGAGCAUCAAGAUGGUGUACAGGUUGUUGGACGAGGAGGGAUUGUACGUUGGCGGUACCGGAGCCUUGAACGUGGUUGCUGCCGUUGAGGUGGCGAAGAACUUGCCAGAGGGCUCUAACGUGGUGACCUUGUUGGCCGACUCUGCCCACAAGUAUGCCGAGAGAAUUUUCAGCAAGAAGUGGUUGAUCGAAAAAGGAUUGUACGAGCACAUUCCAAAGGAGUUGCAGAAGUAUGCGAUUCUUGCGUAAGUAAUGUGUCCUUGUAUAUAGGAAAGUACAACAAAAUGGUUAGAUAACCAGAGAUAUAACCGAAGGACAAAUUUAGUUUAAAUUCCAAACUUCAUCUUAUCGGAGCAUUGCCAGUAAUUUUCAACUUAGCUUG